AUGGCUUCACCUUCUCUUACGCUUUUAGGCUAAGUAUUUAUAUCUGCAAUUUUAAUAGCGACUCCUUUAUAUAUUCUAACAUAUGAUAAUACUGACAAAACAUAUUUACAACAAGGUAUUCCAAAUUAAAAGCUAUAAGAAAAUUUUAUAAAGAACGUAUUUUAAGUAAAUGCAAAAAUGGAAGACUUUGCUAAAGAAAACAAAAAUUAUUGUUUAAAUGGUAAAGAUAAAAAACUUCUUACUCCUUCUCAAUAACACGAAGAAUUUGUUAAAGGACCAUGUGCUCCAAUAAUAUUUUUACCUGGAAUAUUGGGAACAUAAUUACACGUAGUAAUAGAUUGUGAAGUAAUGUAAAGUGAAAACCCUGAAGCAUUCUCAAGCUGUGGCUGGAAUACAUGUUCAAAUUGGAACAUAUUAUACAAAAGACCUCCAAAAGAAUUCUAAGUAUGGAUCGGAAGUAUUACUUCUCCUGCCUAGAUAGUUUCAUUAAGUGAAAAAAGUAAAUGCUUUGGAAACCUUAUUAACCUAUCCUAUAAUAAGUAAACUAAUAAAUUUGAAAAUUAAAAAGGAUUUUAUAUUACCUGGGCAGGAAAUACACCUGAAACUAAAUCCUAAAGUAAUUGUGGGGUAUAUGCAAUUACUAAUUUUAUCAAUAUCCCAAUGAUAAAUGUUGCUACCUGUGUUUCGGGAGGAUAUAGUCGUUUAGUUUAUACAUUAGAGGCUAUGGGAUAUUAAAGUGGUCUUACUUUCUAAGCUAUUCCUUUUGAUUUUAGACUUACAGUAUAGCAAAGUGAAACAUAAGUUAUUAUUCCAAAAGCAAUUGAUCAUAUGUAUAAAAUGACUGGUAAAAAAUCAGUUAUACUAGGUUAUUCUUUAAGUACAUUACAUGUGGUUGAAUCUAUGACUAGUAUGCCUUAAUAAGAAAAAGAUGAAAAAGUAAAGACUGUGCUUUUAAUAGCACCUCCUUUAAUGGGUGCUGAUAAAACAUUAAUGAAUCUAUUAGGUGGUGAUCCUUAAUAUUUGGUUUAACUUUUCGGAUAUAAUGUUGGAAUGAAUUUCUUUACUUAAUAUAAUUUUGUUUAAGCCUGUGCAAGUAGUUUAGAUGCUUUACCUAGAAAUGUAUUCGAAAAAUUUAAAAAUGAUGCUUGGAUGAAAGAAUUAAUUGAAAGAAUAAAAUAUGAAAAAAAUAAAUUGAGUAUUGAUUCUUUAGAUAAGAUUCCUUAUGAUUAUAUAUUGCCCAAUAAAGAUGAUGUUUGUAUAGACUCUAAUAUAUUUACUCAUAGAAAAGGAACAGAAAAAUGUAUUACAGGAAUUUAUAAUUAAUUAGAAGAAUAUAUAUUAAAGGUAGACUAAAAAGAAAUAUAUGCAACUUAAAAAGAUAUAGAUGAAAUUAUUAGUAAAUAUUCAAUUUAUGAUAAUGAAGAAUUAAUGAUUAAAUAUAAAUAAUCUUUAGAGUCUAAAGGAAUAAAUAAUUUAAUUAAUCCUUAAGUUCCAAUUGCUAUAAUAUAUGGAUCAUAUUUAGAAGUAGAAAAAUAACUUAUAUAUAAUCAAAAUACAAAAUAAUUUUAUAAUGAUUCUUAAACUUUCUAUUUCCCUGAUAAAAUAAACAAAGUUUAAGGUGAUGGAACUGUUCCUGCUUUUUCAUCUAUUAUUCCUGGUUUAAAAUGGGCAUAUGAAUAUGAAAAUAAAAUUAUUAAAGAUGCUAAACCAAUUAAAUUUAUAGAAUUUUGUUCUAUAAAUAAAUAAUCAAGUACCAUUUAUGACGGAGAAGAUUAAAAUAAAGAAAAAGUAUUUAAUAAAAAUGCUUAUUAAGGACUUACUUGUGAAUGCUUAGAAGGUAGUAGAUAAUAAUAAUGCAACCAUUCUUGUUUGAAUACUGAUAAAUAUAUGGUUAAAUUAAUUGCUGAUGCUAUUAAAACUAAUGAAAAAUCUAAAUUAAAAGAAAUUAAGUUCACUGAUGAAGAAUUAAUAAAUAUUUAAUAAGAAUGUCCUGUUUUGACAAAAUGAAUUAUAAAAUAAAAUAUUAAUAAUUAUAACUAUAUUAUUUAUUAUUUAUUUUUUACAAAUUUUAUUUAUAAAAAUAUUAUUUUUUAAUUAAUU